AUGCCUCCUCCACUCUUGCAACAUGUCUAUUCAACUGUUCUGCCACAGCAUUGUGAGCCGUCAUCGCCAUUUCUAGCCUACCUCUCCUCCCAUUUACACGUCUGCAUUCCGACGCCUCUCGCCCUUAUUUCCUCACUCCUCGGAAUAUUCAGCAUCAUAUCAUGGCUCUUUGCCCAGAUGCCACAGAUAUACAAAAAUUACCAGUUGAAAUCCACGUCUGGCUUAUCGAUAUUUUUCCUGGUCGUGUGGUUAUUCGGUGACGCUGGAAACCUCUUGGGGGCUUUAUUCACUCGACAGGCCAGUUGGCAGGUGGUAGUCGCGGGCUAUUAUGUUUGUGUCGAUGUUACCCUUGUUUUCCAGUUCUUCUGGUACACACACUACAAGAGAAGCAGGAAUGGGUACGGCGAGCUGGCUCAAUCUCACCACGAUGGGGACACUGGGAGUGUGCUGGAUGGUGUUUCCCCGUCCGAUGAUAACUCCUCCUACAGCGCCCCUUCCCUGGAGACAGCACAGAGGUCAGAGGCCAAGGACGUGGGUGAUUUCAAAGGAACACCUCCCAGUAACGUGAACGGUCAUUCCCCGGUAUACCAAAACGAGAAAGCAGGAUCUUCCCGUCGCUCGAUCACCCGAACUGGCAAUGGAUCCAGUCUCCCAAUUGCAUCCACCCGGACGAUACUCCUGGCCUCAAUGCUUUGCGCCAUGAUGGCCAAUGCUACUCCCACGGAAGCACACGCUCAGCCUAUGGCAUCCCAUCAGAGCACCGUCGAAAUUGCUGGUCGAAUUGUCUCAUGGAUGUCAACAAUUCUUUAUCUCCUUUCGCGCCCGCCUCAGUUAUAUAAGAACUACUGCCGCAAGAGCACUUCAGGGCUAUCUCCCUUAUUGUUCAUGGCUGCAUUCAGUGGAAAUUUGUUUUACUCCUCAUCCAUCCUGACAAACCCCAACUGCUGGUACGACUUUGCUCCGUACGGAGGCGGCGGAUGGGCAGAUGCAGAUGGUAACGACCGCCUGGAAUGGAUCGGCCGUACAAUUCCUUUCUUCCUUGGUGCCUUCUGCGUGCUAGGCAUGGACGCGUUCAUGGGAGUCCAAUUCCUCAUGUACGGUUCCCAGGAAGAAGCUGUCGUCAGGGUCGAUGAUCCUGUUCGGGGACGUGGCCAAUGGACUCGGGUUCGUGGCUGGAUGAGAGGCUGGAUCCCCUCUGUUUCUCCCGAGCGAAAGGCUGCUGCCACCGAAGAAGGUCAAGCUCUCUUGAACGAAGAGCGUGGAAGAUAUGGUACAGUUUAA